CCGGGGGGCGGGCUUUCCUCAGACCACGCCCCCCGCAUACGCUAUUGGCGGAAUCCCUGGAGGAACUUUUGGCCUAGUUCCCCAGAGCCAGGCUUUCCAGGCCCCGCCUCCUCGCCGCGCUAUUGGUGGAGUCUGUUCCGGGAGGCGCGGCUUUCGCCUCAGGCCAUUCCUUCGCCGCGCUAUUGGCCCAAUCCGUCCUAGGGGGCGAGGCUUUCUGUCUCGGGACCCGCCCCUACUGGUGUUUUUGACGGAGCCUCUUCCGGUAGGCGCGGCCUUCCCCUCAGGCCCCGCCCCCGCCCCGCCAUAUAAGAGCGACGCAGCCGCGGGUCCUGCGCGGUCUUCGGGUCCUGCGGGCCGGCGUCUUCGCGGGCGCAGUUCGAACCUGCUGCGCUCCCGGACUCUCCGCGUUCCCUGUCGCGCGUUCGAGCCCCGGGUCGGCCUGCUUUGGGGUUCGCGCCCGUCAGCGCGAUGCUGUUCGACAAGGUGAAGGCCUUCGUGGUACAGCUGGACGGGCCGCGCGCGGGCACCGAGCCUGUGUUCCACGGAGGCCAGGCCGUGGCGGGCCGGGUGCUGCUGGAGCUGGCGGGCGCGGCGCGCGUGGGCGCGCUCAGGCUGCGCGCUCGGGGCCGCGCGCGCGCGCACUGGACGGAGUCGCGCAGCGCGGGCUCCAGCACGGCGUACACUCAGAGUUACAGCGAGCGCGUGGAAGUCGUGAACCACCGCGCCACGCUGCUCGCGCCAGACUCGGGGGACAUCGCCACGCUGCCCGCCGGACGCCACGAGUUUCCCUUCAGCUUCCAGCUGCCCGCCUCCCUGGUGACAUCCUUCGAGGGCAAGCAUGGCAGCGUCCGCUACUCCAUCAAAGCCACCCUGCACCGGCCCUGGGUCCCCGCGCGCCGCGCCCGGAAGGUGUUCACCGUCAUCGAGCCGGUGGACAUCAACACGCCCGCCCUGCUGGAGCCGCAGGCUGGCGCCCGGGAGAAGGUGGCCCGGUCCUGGUACUGCACCCGGGGCCUUGUAUCCCUCUCAGCCAAGAUCGACCGCAAGGGCUACACCCCAGGCGAGGUCAUCCCCAUCUUCGCGGAGAUUGGCAAUGGCUCCACCAGAGCUGUGCAGCCCCGCGCCGCCCUCGUGCAGACGCAGACCUUCAUGGCCCGAGGCGCACACAAGCAGAAGCGGGCUGUGGUGGCCAGUGUGGACGGGGAGCCCGUGGGCCCUGGUCACCGCGCGCUGUGGCCCGGCCGUGAGCUGCGCAUCCCGCCGGUGGGCCCGUCCAUCCUGCACUGCCGCGUGCUCAGUGUGGACUACUCGCUCAAGGUCUGCGUGGACAUCCCAGGCUCUUCGAAGCUGCUGCUGGAGCUGCCACUGGUGAUCGGCACUGUCCCCCUGCACCCCCUGGGCAGCCGCUCGGCCAGCGUGGGCAGCCGCUCCGCCAGCUUCCUGCAAAACUGGGGCCUGUGCGCCCGGAUGGAGCGGCCAGAGGCGCCCCCUGAGUACUCAGAGGUGGUGGGGGAGAGCCAGCCGCAAGCUGCCUCACGGGACCCCUUCCCCGGCCUGUGCGACCCGGGGGUGACCCUGGAAGGACCCUACUUUGCCUGUCUCCAGGAGUUCCGCUACUGCCCGCCUCCACUGUACUCUGAGGAUCCUAACCCACUCUCAGAGGCUGUGAGGCCGCGCUGCAUGACCUGCUGAUGUAUGAAUCGACACCUCGGUACCAGGUUCAAGAUUCUCCGGCCACUGCAGUUGGCAGUUGGUUUUGCAGAAAACAGUGAGGCGAGUGUCUUCUGACCUCGCACAGCACUGAGGAGCAGCACGUGACUUCUGUGGACUGGCUGUCCCCCGAGCCUUCCUGGUCUCUGCGAUUGACCAGUGCUAGAUUCCCUAGAGGACGGCAAUCUGGGAGAGGCGAAUCCAGGGGCAAAUACCAGAGGGGAGGCAGAAGGCUUCCAGGGGGCAUUUCAGCUGAGGCUUUGGCGUUUGAACAGAAGCUCGGCAAGCAGACAAGACAGAGGAGAUGGUUGGAGCACAGAGCACCCACCGCCUCCAUCUUAGGGUGGGGAGCCCAGGUGUGCAGGUCUUAAACGUGACCACACCAAGGUGAGCAGGACAGACGGCCCAGGGACAGACAUGUAAGGGAAGUCAGUGAGGGUCCAGGGGCUCCGGCUUUUGAGGACUGGUGAGUCCAGCACUGUGUGUGUGAUGUGCCACUGAGGCUCAAGCUUUGCUCAGGGUCCGGAUCCAGACAUGGUGGCCUGGUGGGACCAAAGGGAGACGGGAGCUAGGCAAGCCCCGCAUCACAGCCUGCCGGGGAUCUGCCAUUCUCGUGUCUGAAGAAUCCACCACCUUUUGUACAUUACAGAUGAGCAUAUAAAAGUGGGAGAGACUGAGUCUAUUUU